CGGACAGACAGCCGGCCGGCCGGACAGCCGUCUCCCGGGAAGGCGGGCAGAGCUGGGAGGGUGGCGUGGAGUACCUGAGGUGAAGCCUGCCCAGAACAAACUCAGCUAAUCCAAAAGUAAAUGAGGAACUUAGGAAAAGAUUGCCAACUCCAAAUCAACACAGUUACACAGAAUUGAAAAAGAAGCAUACAGCUUCAUUUGAGGGAUUCUUGUAAGGAACUCAGUGUUCUGCAAUAUGAGCUCUGAAAUCUUCAAGCAAAAACUGGAUUCGGUGCCAGAUCAAACAAGUUCAGAAGAACAAAUGGAGAACUGGUCAAAAGAAACACACGUCUUGGGAAAGAAAAAAGAAGACUUUUGUGUUGAGUUUCAGUUUCAUCAGAAUUCUCAGAAAAACCCAGAAUUUUUCAUCCAGGCAGAGGCUGAAGCACUGAAACUUUCAGAUUUGCCAGUAACCAGACAAAGAGGAGGAGUCCCAAAUGACUGUAAUUCCAGUCCUGAAGAAUUAAGUACCAUAGGAAGAAAAACUAACAGAAUGCUGCCUGAAUUUAUAUCCUCAUGGAAGGAUGCUGCAGAUUUAGGUGGAAAAAGAGAAACUGCAUUCCUUUUAAAAGAAUUGGACACUCUUAGGGCCAAAAAUAAAAAGCUUCAAGAUAAGCUAUCUGAAAAGGACAAGGAACUGAAGACAAUAAAACUGGACUUAGAACUGCAAGAGAGCGCUACAGAAGCUAAGAUUGCAGAAAAGAUUGCAGCUCUGGUGGAAGAAGUUUAUUCUGCUCAACGGGAACGUGAUGAGGCUGUUAUGGCAAGGCUUAGGUUAGCCAAUGAAGAGAGAGAUGAAGCAUUUCUACGAGUCCAGCGUUUAGAAGAGUCUCUCAGAGAGCUAGAAAAUAUUAACCCUGAAGAAAAUGACAUGACAUUACAGGAAUUACUGAACAGAAUAAACAAUGCAGACACAGGGAUAGAUAUACUGAAGAAUGGAGCUGUAAUUCUGAAUCGAAUACACAGGACCAAAGAACGUAAAAAGAAAAUAAUAGCUGAGGAAAUGAAUGCAGUAAUAGAACAACGGGAUGCUGCUUUGUCUCAAUGCAAACGGCUGGAGCAGGAGCUUCAUCAUCUGAAAGAGCAGAACCAGACUUCAGCAAACAACACGAGACAUCUGACUGCUGAAAACAAUCAAGAACGUGCUCUGAAGACAGAAUUGACAACCUUGCAAGAAGAAAAAGAGGCUGCUCUUCAACAGUGCAAAAAAUUAGAAGAAGAAAUCCAGACAUUGCGUGUUUAUUACAGCUUAUACAAAUCUAUGUCUGAAGGAGUGGGUCUGAAGGACCAGCUUACCUGUACUUUCGGUACUUCUGAAGGUGGACUGCAAAGCAGGGAGGAUGUUGUGACCCUUACCUACGGCCAGAUUGAAGAUCUGGCAGCUCAGCUGCAGCAAGCUCGGUCAGAGCAACAGGACACAGAGCUGAAGCUCCAGAAGGCCCUGGAGGCUUCUCGGGAGGCCAAUGAAAAAGUUCAGAAGUUGGAAAGGCUGGUGGACGUCCUGAGGAAGAAGGUUGGAGCAGGGACCAUUAGGACCGUGAUCUGAUUGAAAGCUCUAGUCUAAGGAAGCAUUCACAUCUGGUGACCAGGCUGCUUCAUUCAGCACUGUGUAAACACUAAAGCCUUAACUUAGCAAACAGUUGUUAGAAGUGGGACACUCCAGCGACAUUCCAAGCUGAGAUAAAAUCAAAUCAUAAAUGUUUAACUACUUUGCUGCUGAGUUCUGUGAUUUGUUGAAAUGUUUCACUGCAAACAUGUAUUUGUUUUUAAGCAGAUGCAUUGUGGCACUGUGUACUGUGAAAAAUUAUGUAGAUGCUUAUUUUAACAGUCUGUCCUCUCAGUGUUACUAGACUAUAGUCUGCUGCAAGACACAGCUUGAUCAUGUUUUCAAAUACUGCAGUCUUCAGGUGCAAAAUCCUGCAAAGCAGUUUCAAAAUUUAAAUCCCUUAUGUUAUUUGUGAGACUGCAAACAGUCCAGUAUUUGUAUGUUAAAUAUAUUAAUUGAUAAAGUAGGUUCACAUUCAAGAAAUAUCUCUAGCUAGUAUAUUGGAGAUUUUUUUCCUCCUUGCUCAUAGCCCGUUGAAUUGCAGCUAGUGACUGUGGCUACAUCUAAGGAAAGGAUGCAUGUAUAGGUUGAAUAGCUACUGCUAGUACAUGGCAUUUUGAGCGUAUGUUAAAAACAAAUAUACAGUUAGGUUUCACUGGAGGUACAGCUUCAUAAUUUGCAACAUGAAAGCCUUGUGACAUUGUACAGUAUCUCAGACAGUGGGGAAGGUUUCUUGUAUUGUUUUUAGUCACUUCUCUGUCCUUUCCUAUGAGGGAAAAUCUCUCAAAUAUUCAGAAACCACCUUAUGGAGUCAAAAUACUCCUUUUCAGUAUAAGGGAGGUCCCUCACCCAUUUCCUACAAGACUUUUUGUCUGCUUCUUCUAGACUUCUGAUUGCUCUGCAGUGCAGGAGUACCAUCCAGGUUGGGUUUGAGACCAGAUUGCCAACCCUCUGCUUUGUGUACUCCUGAAGUGCCCUAGGACUAACUCAAAGGCUGAUUCCACAGAGAGGGGAGAAAUUGAGGGGUGAGGAGAAAAAUUUGAGGUACACAGACAUUAUAGACCUUACAGAUACAGGAGAGUUGGACCUAGAGUUUUAUUUGUGACCCAAACAUCUCCCUGUAUUUAGUAUGUCUUUGUCAUAUGACCAAAGGUGAGCAGAAAAGUCAGAUCAGUGUUCGUAUAAACCUACUGAAGAAGGCAGCUCUAAUCUCCUAACAGCCCAAAUUCAGGAAUGAAUCUCAGGAGCAUGGUGGGCUUUAAGCUACUCCUAGGACCAGCCAGCUCAGGUAGGGUGGAUGUAGCUCCUAAGGCUUCCGCUUGGCUACUCUGCUUUGUGUUUAACGUUGUUAUGCUGUCUUCCAUCUUAAUGUUUGCUUGUAGAGGUAUCAUGAUAGGACAGUCUUACUGAAGAAAACGAAAUUUUAAUUUUGGAUAGAAGGAGACAUUUCAAUGCCUGUUCUUCCUUUCAAGCACUUCCAUGUUAAACUUUAAUCAUCUGCAGACCUAAGCUCCUCCUAGUUUCAGUCAACCAAACCUAACCCCUUGCAGGGAGAUGAGUAGCAUUCCUCCAAGCCAAAUUUACCCAACUCACUUCUAGAAAUUUCUGAAGUGCUCCUUUUUGACCUUUGGUCAAUCCUAAGAUAGCCAGUGAGUCUGGAGUCUCUCCCCAACACCUAUUCAGUAGGAAGAAAGUUUAAUGCUUCCAGACCAGAGGACUGCCACCCUCCAGCUCCCAGCCCCCUCACCAUCUCCUGUGUGCUGCUGUCCAGAGCUUGGGUGACUCAACUGCUCUUUUUCCUGAUGGUCUCAUUGAGCUUCAGGGUGCCAGGUGAAAGACGAGAUCCCCUGAGCUGUCAGUGCUGUUGAACUAUUUCUGCUCUAAAGAUUAAAGAUAAAAAUGUAAGGACUACUGUACUGUGCUAGACCAAAGUCCAGCUAGCCCAAAGGCUGCCUUUGGCAAUAACUGGUAGAAGAUGCCUAGGAAAGGGUAUAAAGUCAGGCCAGCACUCUUGACAUUUCUCCCAAAUAGUCUCUCAGCAAUUUGUUGUUUAGGGGCUUUUUGAGCCAGAGGUGGUAUCUUUGUACUUAGCAGCAUUUUUUCAUGGCCUGGUUUUGAAUCCAUUUAAACUUUUAAUAUCUACUCAUUCCUCUCAUGAGGACUUAUGCAGUUAACGAUGCUUGAGUGAAGAAACAGUUCCUUCUCUUUGUUAUGAACAAGCUCUAUUAAUUUGCUACCACCUAGUUUUUGUAUUCGAGAAACAGUGAACAACCAUUCCAUGUUCAUAUUGUUUCCAUGUCCCUUGUGAUUUUACAUAUUUGGCAUCCUUCCCCCACCAUCUCUUUUCCAGAGGGAGCCCCUAGUCUCUUGUAAAGAAUCUGUCUCAUGUUUUUAAUUGGCCUUGUCAUACUAAUCUAUUUCUUUUCAAGAUCUGCAUUGUUUUUACUGAGAUACAACCAGAUUUGUGCCUGAUAUUCAAGAUACAGAUAAAUUGUGACUUUAACAGUUGUCAUAAUUAUGUUGUCAGUUUUAUUCUCUAUGCUAUUUGUAAUCAUUUUUAACAUUGGAUUUGCUUUCUUGGAAUUAAUAUUUCUGUAAUAAUAAUAAUAAUAAUAACAACUCUAGUUCUCAUUGCUCAGUUGUGAUAUUCAGCUCAGAGUUCAUCAUAGGGUGUAUGAGGACAGAACUGUUUUCUGAAUGCAUAACUUCACAUUUAUGGGUAUUGAAUGUCAUCUGUUGUUUUAGUAUGCAUUUCCUGGUGACCGUGAGCUCCUAUUCCAUCUCUUCUCACAGCUCAUCUUUACUACUCACAGUCACAUGGUAUCAUCAGCAUCUCCGUGCUGAAUAUGGUAAUAUGAAAGAUGACCGUCUCCAAAUUAACCCCGUUUUCAAGGUGAUUUCUUAGUUAAAGCAAACAACAUGGACUGUGGAACAAAGAUCCCUAUAGGACAAUAAGGUAACUUGCCUUCACUAUGACAAUGUUACAUUUAUUCUUACCCAUUGUUUGACUCUAACUUUGAACUACUUAUUUUUCAAUUUAAAGAUCUUCCCUCUUACUCCUUGGCAGCUUUGAUGAGGAAGCUUGUUUGCUAGUUUAGAAAUGCAAGUUUACUAAAUCAGGGUUUGUUUUCCAUGCAUGAAUGUGCUAAGUUCCUCCUUCCCCUAGGAGUAUCAAGAGCUUCUCACCUUCCCCCAAGUCUUUCUGCCUCUGAGCAAAUAAUCUUGUGAGUUCAGGCUUCAUACAGCAAGACUGUUUGACCUCCAGCCUCUUGUGUCCACCGGUUUUGUUUGGGAAAGUAGGAUCAGUCAGGCAAAAGCCAUCUAGCAGGCUUGAUGUCAGAUACAUCUGGUUGUGGGUAAUACUUUAUUCAGUAAAAUUAAGUGGUAAUUUUGCUUCAUAAUUUUCCUUUUUACACAUUGUACCUAAGAUGAAAAAAUAUUUCCUGAGUCUGUCUUAUGUCUUCAGUAGCCUGAAAUUCAGUGAAAUUUUUAGUUAGGGGGUUUUAUCAUCGUGUAGACAAAUUACUUUGAAUCAUAAUUAAAUUAAGUGUUGAUUUUUAAAAUUCAGCUAGAAAUGUUUGUCUUCUUUGAAAACGAGCUUGGGAAGUUUACUGUGCUGAGAGGUGAAGAUUCAGAAAUGGUUGGGUUCUCACUCUUCCUUGCUAACAACCUGGUGUGUGGUCUUUGACAAAUCCCUUAGUGACAGUCAUAAAAGGUAUGCAGCCCCUGAAGAGGUGCCUGGGCUCCUUGGGGGUUUGCAAAAGCAUCUGUGUGGCUAACGUCAAAACACUUUCUCUUCUUCACCAGCUGAAGUGAACAGCAAAAGUCACACAGGUCCCAUAAUGCAGGCCCAGCCUAUAGUGCCCUCGGGUGAAUUUCUGGGCCCAUUGAACCCAGUCUGAGUUUUGCCUUUCAGUGUAAGGAGGGCAGGAAUUCUGGUCUGGCAAGUAGAAAUAGGCGAUAAUGAUAACGUGGGUUAAUUGGCUUUUAUUGUAUAGUUUAUUCAUUAAGAACUGAUUGAUGUCUGUGCAGAGCUCUGAAAGUGAAAAGAAGCCUGCCCCUAUACAGCAGACAUGCAAUUGUCACUUCUGUCCUGAUUUAUGAGAGAAGGAUGAGAUUGCAUCAGAUUAUGUACCAGGAGUAGCAAUUCAUUUGCCUCCCGAUGGAACAGCAGUUCAUGAUGAAAGGUGGUUCACCAUAGGCAAUGCUUAUGGUGACGGUUGUAAUUACUGGUCAAACUAGAGUCCCUGCUGUCUUGAAGAGCACUGAGAUACUUAGAAACGUCCUUUCCCUGUGAGAUUUUGUGUGUUUCUCUUGAUAGUCCUGCAGCACGUUAUGCAUUGAGAGCCAUUUCUGGUAUGUGCCAUGGUAAAAUAUGUAAAUAGCAUCAUGUUGGCUCGGGAUAAGAGUGUUAUUAAUGCUUUUCAGUACUGUAAUUAUAUUCAUAGUAAGCCUUCCCUAAGCCUUCACUAAUUAACAAUAUUGUGACAAAUCAAGUUUAACAGAAAAGAACUGUGGACCUUUAGUCAUUUAGUACUGUUUUUCAUUCAGCCCACAGCCCAAAACUGGUGGCAUGGUUUUCUGUACUAGUGUUGGGAAAACUGCUGAUAUUUGAAAAGUUCAGAGCCAGUUCAGUCUUGUUAGUGGAAUCCUGUAGAUGAAGUCAGUUUGAUUCCUCUUUAAAUAUAUUCACAAGAAAGUAAGAUCCAUUAGUUAAUCAUUAAUGUAGGGGAAUAUUAAAACUGCUUUUAUAAAUAAGCCAUCAUAUUGAAAUAGUUUAGUAAUGUCAGUAUGUUGUCAUAGGCACAUUUAUUUAUUUAUUUAUUCCAGAUCACAGGACAUUUUACAAGAUACCUUAAUUGUCAAAUUAAAUGGCUUUAUAAAUAUUCUUAUCAGGUGAUGAAGAGUUGUUUCAUGUUUAAUCCACAUACACAAAUGAACUUGCUACCUAAAUGUCAGGAUUUCUCUGUGCCUUUAUUUUCUUCAUUUAGAAUAAUUUCAGAUGAAGGAUGUUAGGUCUGUUGGGUUUUUUCUUUUUAAUUUGUAUCCCAGAAAAUUUUCCUCCCGUGCAAGAAUAAACUAUGAGGCACAUGAAAUCACUGACAGGCGGUUUCUCUGAUGCUGUGCUUGCUAUGACCGCAGCGUUACACGUACUGACUCUUACCGCUGUAACAUUUCACAUCAGGUCCGCAGAACUGGACUUUCUCUGUUUGUUCUUCUCAUGCAUUGGUAAAUAAAAUGUAUUCACAAGUCCAAAAAACCAAAGUGGUGUUCUCAUAUUAGGUUGAUUAUAAGUCAGCUGUUGAGCUUCAGUGGUCUAAACAUUUCAUUCUUCAGUUUUGUUGGGAGCACAUGUGUUCUGGGAGGCUUUUAAACAAAUACUUGAAAUGGUUGAAAGAUUUACAUUGCCAGUGCCUAGCUAAAUAUGUAGUCUUUAGAAAAGACAUGGUUUAUUUUGGCACCAUUUGAAAAACUCAAAUAUUUUAAACAUUUGUUAAGUUCGAGCUUGCACAUUUGAACUAGAAGUUUGCAUUCCAAAAUUGCAUCUCGGGUUACCUGUCUCUCUCUCUUUUGUAUUUUAUAAUCCCUUUAUUAAAAUAGUCUGCAAAAAGA